CCGAUUCCUUCCUGCGCUCAUCACCCACCCAUCCAUGGCGUCCCACAUCAUCCUGCCGCCGGACGACGAGCAGCAGCGGCGGGAGGACGAGGAGGCGGACGAGCCCCCGCGCGGCCACGACGGCCCGGCGGCCGCGGCCAGCAACACCAAGGCGGCGCUGCCCUUCUCCGCCAUGUGCGUGCGGAUCUCCCGGGACUCCUACCCCAACCUCCGCAACCUCCGCAACGCCUCCAACGUCAGCCUCGCCGACGCCGCCUACGUCAAGAUCUCCGAGGGCGACUUCGGCUACGUCCUCGACGACGUGCCGCACCUCGCCGACUACAUCCCCGACGUCCCAACUUACCCGAACCCAUUACAAGACCACCCAGCAUAUUCAACUGUCAAGCAAUAUUUUGUCAAUGAAGAUGACACCGUACCACAAAAGGUUGUUGUUCAGAAGAAUAGCCGGCGUGGGAUUCACUUCCGCCGUGCAGGACCUCGUCAGAGGGUUAACUUUGAGUCAGAUGAAGUGAAAGCAUGCAUUGUAACCUGUGGAGGCCUUUGCCCUGGGCUUAACACGGUUAUCAGAGAGCUGGUGUGUGGUCUGUCGCACAUGUACAAUGUCAACAACAUCUAUGGAAUACAGAAUGGAUACAAGGGCUUCUAUUCUAGCAACUACGUUGCUAUUACACCAAAGAUUGUGAAUGACAUCCACAAGAAGGGUGGUACAGUUCUUGGAACAUCACGAGGUGGUCAUGAUACAAAAAAGAUUGUUGAUAACAUCCAGGAUCGUGGAAUUAAUCAGGUGUAUAUCAUUGGAGGAGAUGGGACUCAGAAGGGAGCAUAUGAGAUCUUCAAGGAAAUCAGGAAACGUGGCCUAAAAGUUGCUGUGGCUGGGAUUCCCAAGACAAUAGAUAAUGACAUAGCAAUAAUCGACAAGUCCUUUGGUUUUGAUUCGGCUGUAGAAGAGGCUCAACGUGCCAUUGAUUCAGCUCAUGUGGAAGCUUGCAGUGCUGAGAAUGGAAUAGGCUUAGUAAAACUGAUGGGCCGUUAUAGUGGGUUCAUUGCAAUGUAUGCUACCCUUGCAAGCCGAGAUGUGGAUUGCUGCUUAAUUCCAGAGUCCCCGUUUUAUAUGGAUGGAGAAGGGGGGUUGCUGCAAUAUAUAGAAAGGAGGCUGAAAGAGAAUAAGCACAUGGUCAUUGUUGUUGCUGAGGGAGCAGGCCAGGAUAUUAUUGCCCAAAGCAUACCCUCUUCAGAGCAGCAAGAUGCAUCUGGAAAUAAGCUACUUCUUGAUAUUGGUCUUUGGUUGACUCACAAGAUUAAGGAUCAUUUCAAAAGCAAAAAGACGGAGAUGACCAUUAAAUACAUAGAUCCUACCUACAUGGUCCGAGCUAUUCCAAGUAAUGCAUCAGACAAUGUCUACUGCACGCUGCUGGCUCACAGUGCCAUUCAUGGUGCCAUGGCAGGAUAUAGCUCCACCAUUGGGAUGGUCAAUGGCAGACAUGCCUAUAUACCUUUCUAUAGGGUGACAUCCACACGGAACAAGGUUAAGAUCACGGACCGGAUGUGGGCGAGGCUGCUCUCGUCAACCAACCAGCCAAGCUUCCUGAGCCAGAAGGACGUCGAUGAGGCCAGGGAGGCUGAUAGGCUGGCCAACAAGCCACCACUGCCAGCAGGCGCCAACCACAACGUGGCAACCGCCUUUGGCCAAUCUGCAUCUUCUUCCUCGAAUGGCGAAAUAUAGUGGAUGCAGAUGGUCUGUAAUCGUGUACAGUAAGUACUGCUGUUCCGCUGAGAAACUUGUGCCACGCCACACGCAGUUUUGCUUCCUCAUGUAGUGAGGCAGAUGUGGUCCCUAUGUAGGAGUAGUACACGGAUGCUGUCUAGGUGUUCUGUGAAAAUAAGCCGUACUAGUGUAUUCAAACUCCACUAUUGAUAAAGCUGAUUUUUGCCCUGGCGAA